AUGGAAUUGUCCGACGACGUCCAAGCGUCAUAUAUCAAAAUCAUCGAUUCUAUCCUAGCAACCAGUGACCUGAACACUAUCUCAGAAAAGCGCAUACGGAGGGGAUUGCAAGAUGCCGUGGACUACGAUAUCACCCCUCAAAAGGCGGCAAUCAAAGUCCUAAUCAUGCAGCGCUUCGAUAUAUUUGCGGAACAGAGUGAGAAGCAGGCAGAAUCAACUCCGGCGGUCAAUGGCCAUUCGUCGAAUGGGCAGCCCGACAUUCCCACAAUCGAGCCCAUCUCCCCCGCCCUGUCAACCUCCCCGCAAAAACGCACACCAGAGCCGGAAAGCGUCUCGGAUUCCGGCGAUAAAUCCCCACCCAAGAAGAAGAGAAAGUCAAACCUGGUAGAUGCCGACGCGAUCUUUGCGGCCAAAUUGCAAGCGGAGGAGAACCUGCGCGCGCGCCCUACCAGGGGCGCUAAUUCGAGGAAGAUUGUGCCUGUCAAGAAAAAGAAGCCGGCUACGAAAUCAAAGACAUCAAAGAAAGUGAAAGCGGAGGAUGAUUCAGAUCUAGAUGCGCAGGACUCGGAAUCCAAAAAGGAAGUAACGAGAACGGGUGGUUUCCAUCUUUCCCGACCCCAAGCCGUGAAGAAAGUGUGGCAAUAUAUCCGCGAAAACAACCUCCAAGAUCCCGCUGAUCGCCGGCAAAUCCGAUGCGACGAUCUCAUGCGAGCCGUCUUUAAACAGGACCGAAUACACAUGUUCACAAUGACCAAGAUCCUCAACCACAACCUCUACAACCUUGACGAGUGA